AUGAAGGUUCUUGCUCUGUUUUACUUUGCAUUAAUAGCAAAGCUUUGUAGCGCAAGUUGUUGUUGUGGAAGUGAAAACGGCGAAGCACUUGAUAUCUCUGAUCCCGAUUCGUCCAAAGUGAGUAUAUGGGAGGAGACUAGCUAUGGAGUAAAGUGGAAAGUCUUUACUCCUAAGAGUACUGUAACAUUUACCUCGUUCACAGAAGGAGGAGCGGAAAUAGGAAAGAUAAGCAGCCUUUGUACACCCGAAAAGUGCUAUGAAAAGGUUGAUGGAAAAUGGAAGGAAAUUGGUCUUAAUGAUUUCUACAUGAGAACGAAUGAAAUCAAGAACGCAGUAAAACCAAAUGAAGAAGCAGUAAAUGCAGAGGGUACUUCCGAUAAUCUGGAAGAUGCUGUAAAACCAUAA